AUGUCAUCUAAUGAAGAAAUAAUAAAUUUAUUAGGUAGAUUGAACCAAAACAAAAACAAAAACAAAACAGAUGAUGAUAGUGCUGAUAAUGAAACAACAUUGAAUCAACUUGCAAAUUUAACCAAAAAUGGAAUAUCCGAACCAUUAAUUAUGAUUAUUCUUGAUAAAAUUUUCAACGACACUUUAAAGAUAACUGAUAAAAAUAAAUUACUUGAUGAAUGUUUAAUACCUAAUCAUGAUUUAUCAAUUGAUGUAUUUUUCAAAAUAAUAAGUAUAAUUGGUGUUAGUCGAGUUUAUUUUAAAGGUAAUCGGAAAUUCAAAUCAAAACAAUUAUCUAUCUCAUUACAAUUAAAACUACUUCAAUGGAUGAUUGAUAAUUUUCAAUUUUUAGAGAACACAUUUUGUAAAUCAGGUAGUAUUGUUUUAACAUUACUUGUGAAAUCCUUAGAUUAUGAAUUUUCAAGAGGUCCAAUAUCUCAAUUAAUAAUUUUAGUAUUAAAUUCACUGGUACUGAAAAGUAAUCAGAUAAUCACGUUUUAUAAUCAGGAAAUUUAUCAUACUAUCAAUAUCCUUAAAUCAAAUCAUAUACAAACAGUGGUCAAUUUAUAUAAUAAAUUCCCGUUAGAUAUUUAUUUAGAGGAAUUAUUAGCAUACUUUAGAGUGAUUAAUCCUGAUUUAGAUUAUAUGAUAUAUUCACCAGAAAAUUUCCCAUUAUUGAAUAAAUUAAAUUGUAAUUUAAAUCAAGUAUACCGAUGGAAAGAUAGUGAUGAGCUAACCGCAACUACUAUUACUAUUACCACCACCACCACCACCAAAAGCAACAAGAGACAGAAAACUACUAUUACUAGCAAACCUGAUACGUUAACUCAUAAUAUUGAAGUAUUAGACCAAAUAAAUAAAAUCAAUCCUUACAAAUUGGUACGAACUGCAUUUGAUAACGAAAAGGAAGCACAAUUACUUACGAUAUUAUUUCAAACGGGGAAUAAUCGAUUUAUUAAUAAAGUUGAUAAAUAUAUAGGUGCCAUUUUAACAACUUUCACCAAUCUGGAAAAAGAAUUACAAAGUUUUUUACAACAAGUCUCCCAUUUAUAUAAAAUUAGUGAUGGAACAAUUAUUUUACCCCUGAUAGAAAAUUUCAUACUUGAUAAUAAUAAUAAUAAUUCAUUACUGGUUGGGAAAUUUUGUCAACAAUUUGAUUAUCGUUCUAAAUUGAUAAAAUAUCUACAUAAUGUUGACCCUAUGAGAUUAGUAACAAUGAUUCAUCACAACGCCUCAAUUUUAAAACAAAUCUAUUAUGACACCAAUAAUGGAUCAUACGAAACUAAUAGUAAUUUCAAUUACGAAUCAUGUCAUGACUAUGUCAAGAAUAUACUAUAUUUAUUAAAUUUAUGGAUAUUUGAAAACCAAGAUGAUAUAAUAAUAUCAAGAAUAAACCUAUUGCUUCCUGAAUUAUAUAAAUUUAUUAAAUAUUGUAAACAUAUACAAGAACAAUUGACCAAUCAAGUGGUUGAAUUCUUUAUAAAUUUACCAUCUUCAUUAUUCAAUCAAUUGGAACUUAAAACAAUAAUAAUCCCAAGAUCGUUAACAUAUUCAUGUUUAUUAAGUUGUGACCCCCUAGUGGUAUCUAAUAUUACUCAACAUAUAUCAAAUUGUAAAUCUCAUGAUUAUACAAAUUCAACUCAUUAUCGAGAUUUACAAAAUUCUUAUAUUAUGGAUACAAUUAAUUUCUUAUGGAAAGAACGAUUUUUAAAACAAGAUACAAAUUUAACUAAUAUUAGUUCAAAUAAAGGAUUUUUUUUACAUCCUGAUUUUGAAAAUAAAUUAAAUUCAUUACAUACUUUUGAUUGUUCUUAUUAUUUAUCUUCUUCACCUUCAACUAUUGGAGAAUUUUUUUAUAAUCCAGCUUUUUCAUAUAUCGUGACAAAAAUCAUUUGGGAUAUUGAAGAUAAUCAUAAUGGUAUUAAUACUAGACAUGAAGGUCCUAUAUCAAGAGAAAGUUUAAUACGAUUAAGAAAUGAUAGUGAUAAAAUUUGGUUAUCAUUAUCAUUUGAUGAAUUGAAAUUGUCAAUACUUCAAAAUUUGGAAAUUAAAAAAUUUAAUGGUAUUGCUGAUUUAUUAUUUAAUUCUUUGAAAAGUUUAGCUGAUAAAAGAAGUCUUGAUAAAAACAAUGAAUCUACAAAUAGUAGUAGUAGUAGUUAA